CUGCGCUCCCGCGAGGGUCUGCUUUCUGUCGAGAGACGCGGCCGGGUCCUCUGCCUGCAGAACGGUGACGAGGGCGGGACGCGCUCCCACGCGCUUCUGCCCCUGCGGGUUCCCCAAGAUGUCAACCUCAGUCCCACAAGGCCAUGGCUGGACCCGGCAGGUGAAGAAGGAUGAUGAUGAGGAAGAUCCACUGGACCGGCUGAUCACCCAAUCUGGCUGUGCUGCCUCUCACUUUGCAGUACAAGAGUGCAUGGCCCAGCACCAGGACUGGCGUCAGUGCCAGCCACAAGUGCAGGCUUUCAGGGAUUGCAUGAGUGCGCAGCAGGCAAGACGGCGGGAGGAACUGCAGAGGAGGAAAGAGCAAGCCAGUGCUAAACAGUGAGAACUAAGCCAUCAUCCCACAAACUGGCCCUGAAGAGAUCAGCACCCCUAGAGGCUCUGGGAGGAAGAAACCCCAAGUAGUACAAUGUGCAACAGGAGGAAUAACAUUUGGGGACAGUCUUUGGGACAAGGAUUUAAAGCCAGAAACCAUGAGUUUGCAGACAAUGGCCAUGAGCUGCUUUACUCUAUGGUCAGAUCACACAAAUUCUCAACUUUAUUGUUCUACCAAUAUUUGAAUUUAAAACAAAGUGGGAUAGAGGCCACACGCUCCGCCCUACCUCUUGAGUCCAUGUGACAAGUACUUUAUACGUAAAUUUACAGUCUCAAGGUAAA